GGCGGGGCCCGAAUACUAAAGCAGGGAAACGGUCGAAUAUGUGCGCCACUUAACUGCUGAAAUGUGAUGGUCCCGGGCGGGUGAAGCUCAGACUUCAUCCCACUUCGCAGGAGAAGAAGGCUCUGAGAUCCAAGCAGGAAAGUGGUCCGAAGGACAGAGUCAGUCCUCAUCGAUCCGGACCCACUUAGGACUUUUCCACCCUUUCCGCCUCGAGACCUAAAAGAGCAGGACCUGCUCCGCUCUCCCCUUUUCCUCCCUAACAUGCCCUCGGCUUCCAGGACUGGAAGGAGACCGGUUUGCUGAAUUUCUGGUGGUUCUCCUCCGCCAGGCCACUGUGGAUCUAAUGACACUGCCAAGGUUCGAGGGUCGCUUCUUGAACUUUGCAUGAGCAGGGCCAUCCGUGGGAAGCAGCUCUGUGCAGAAGGGCGGCUGCACCCCCUUGGCCCUCCGGCCCCGGCCCCCCGGCGCGUCCUGGAGGACGGGGUCACCUGGCUCCUCUCGCCCCGGCCCGGGAAGAUGGGAAGCAAAGCCCUGCCGGCGCCCAUCCCGCUCCACCCGUCGCUGCAGCUGACCAACUACUCGUUCCUGCAGGCGGUGAACACCUUCCCCGCGGCGGUGGACCACCUGCAGGGCCUCUACGGGCUGAGCGCCGUGCAGACCAUGCACAUGAACCACUGGACGCUGGGCUACCCGGCCGUGCACGAGUUGGCCCGCUCCACCCUCACCGAGGUGGCCACGGCGCAGGGCCUGGUGGAAGCCCGUUUCCCCUUCCCGGCCCUGCCCUUGGCCGGCCACCUUUUCCACCCCAAGCCGGGCUCGGUGGCCCACGUCCUCCCGGCCCUGCGCAAGGACCGGCCGCGCUUCGACUUCGCCCACCUGGCGGCGGCCGCCACCCAGGAAGAUCCCCCCAAAACGGGGGACCCGGCCAAGCUGACCCCCGGCCCGGCCGGACCCCUCGGGGCCGGCGGCAGGGCCACCCCGGACCGAAGGCCCUCCCGGGGCCGGUUGCCCUCCAAAACGAAAAAGGAGUUCAUCUGCAAGUUCUGCGGUCGACACUUCACCAAAUCCUACAACCUGCUCAUCCACGAGCGGACCCACACCGACGAGAGGCCUUACACCUGCGACAUCUGCCACAAGGCCUUCCGGAGGCAGGACCAUCUCCGAGACCACAGGUAUAUUCAUUCCAAAGAAAAACCCUUCAAAUGUCAGGAAUGUGGGAAAGGAUUUUGUCAAUCCAGGACUCUAGCAGUUCACAAAACCUUACACAUGCAGGAAUCUCCACACAAAUGUCCCACAUGUGGAAGAACCUUUAAUCAGAGAAGUAAUCUGAAAACUCACCUUCUCACCCAUACAGACAUCAAGCCCUACAACUGCGAGCAGUGCGGCAAAGUGUUCAGGCGAAACUGUGAUCUGCGGCGGCACAGUCUGACUCACACCCCGCGGCAGGACUUCUAGAGAAGCCAAGGAUCUAUUUCCCCCCCACCCCAACCCCCUGGUCCCCCUCCCUGCCCACCCUCAGCCGCACACUCCUCCAUAACCCCUCCCCAAAUCCACCCUGCCCCCAACCGACCUCACCUCACCCCCUGCAGCUGCACUUGCCUGUGCAGCUCCAAGGAGUUAAAUUUGCUCAAGGACUCUGAAACUGUAGAAAGCCACAGACCCAUACACCCCUACACAAAGAGCAUAUGCUAGUCUCUUGCAGAUAUUCACAGCUCAUUUUAGAGCUCUGUACAUAAUGUUGUGGUCUUUUGUUGAUGGUUUUUUGUUGUUGUUUUUUUGUUU